AUGGCUCUUGCUUUGCCGUCCUCCACCGCAGCUCUCGCCGUGCCGACUGCUUUGGCCGGGUUGGCUUACCUCAAUGCCCGCUGGCGAGUCUCGGUCGACUUGGAACUCAUCCUCAGUUUGAGUGCAUCCCAAAGAGCCUUUGCGAAACGAGAGAAAGCAGAUCGCGCGAGCUCCUUCUACCUCAUUGAAGAGCAUGCCCACAAUCCACAGGUCGCAGACAAGAUCUUCAUCAUCUACCAGGGCAGAAAAUGGACAUUCAAACAGACUUACGAUAUGGUCCUCCGCUAUGCGGGAUAUCUACAUACCACUCAUUCCGUCCUGCCAGGCGAGAUUGUCGCCAUCGACUUCAUGAAUUCCCCUCAAUUUCUCUUUCUAGCCAUGGCUUUAUGGUCCUUGGGCGCCCUGCCGGCAUUUAUCAACUACAAUCUCACUUCCGCCUCGUUUAUCCAUAGCGUCAAAACAUGCUCUGCGAGACUCUUGCUCGUUGAUCCCGAAAUCGAGGCCAAAGUUCUGACCGAGGAGACCAAGAACAUCUUCUCAGCCCCCAAUUUCCGCAACAAUGCCUUACCUCUGGAGGUGGCAGUUUUGACUCCCGGUCUACAAUCGUCCCUGGAAUACUUUCCUCCCUAUCGUGCACCCGAUUCCGCCCGAUCUGGUGUGGUCGGCCGCGGUCCGUGUGUCCUGAUAUCAACCUCAGGGACCACAGGCCUUCCGAAGGCCGCAAUCGUGCCUUGGGACCGCACUGUUGUAGGCUCCGGGCUUAUUGCUCGAUGGAUAGGUCUUCGUCCUGUCACAUCAUCCAACCCAGACAGGUAUUACACUUCGAUGCCGCUCUAUCACGCUUCCGCUUUCCAAUUGGGCUUCCACUGCUGUCUUGUUCGAGCUUGUACCUUGGUCCUCGGCCACAAAUUCUCCGUCUCAAGUUUCUGGGACGAAGUCAUUUCGGCUGACGCCACGGCCAUCCAAUAUGUCGGCGAGACUCUACGCUACCUACUCGCCGUACCGCCUCAGCCGAACGAUCGCACAAAACACAAGGUGCGGCUCGCAUUCGGUAACGGCCUUCGGCCAGAUGUUUGGGACAAAUUCCGCGCGCGGUUUGGGAUCGAGACGGUGGCCGAGUUCUAUGGUGCGACGGAAUCCGCUGGCGCGAGCUUCAAUCUUUCACGUAACGCUUUCUCCUCUGGCGCGAUCGGCCAAGCCGGUCUCCUGGGUAAUUUACUUAUGAAGUUGGGGCAAACUAUCGUGAAAGUGGACUGGGAAACAGAAUCACCUUACCGAGACCCCAAAACAGACUUUUGCGUCCCCGUACCUCGAGGCGAACCAGGCGAACUACUCUACAAGGUCGACGCUGCUGACAUUGGCGCAAAGUACCAAGGAUACUUUGGUAACAAGAAGGCGAGUGACUCUAAGAUUUUGAGAGAUGUCCUGAAGAAGGGCGACGCUUGGUUCCGCUCUGGAGACGUCAUCAAGCUCGACAAAGAGGGACGCACCUGGUUCAUGGACCGAAUAGGUGACACCUUCCGCUGGCGAAGCGAGAACGUCUCAACCGCCGAAGUCGCUCAGGUCCUAGGUCAACAUCCAGCCGUUCUUGAAUCGAAUGUCUAUGGGGUCGCAAUACCCCACCAUGAAGGUCGCGCAGGUUGUGCAGCUGUCUUACUGAAGGAUGUCAGCACCAACACGACGCCUAUCCCAGAGUCUCUACUGGAAAGUCUAGCCACCUAUGCGAGGAACAGUUUGCCCAGAUAUGCGGUGCCCGUGUUUCUCCGCGUAGUGACGCAAGUCAUGGCCACGGGCAACAACAAACAGCAAAAACAUGUCCUCAGACAGGAAGGAGUAGAUCCAGAAAAAGUUGCGGAAGACAGGUUGUUCUACUUGAGGCCAAAUAGCCAGACAUAUGAGCCUUUUGGAAAGAAAGAGUGGGAGAUUGUGAAGAAUGGAAAGAUAAAAUUGUAG